AUGUGUAAUGUACAGGCUACGCAAGCAAUUAUUGGCGGUAAGCUUGGAAUCUUGCAACGAUUGUUACGCAAGUCUUCCGCAGCCGAUCUUCUACCAAAUGGCAGUCUCGCUCUUGCCGCGCUACAUGGCAAGGAAGAGAUACUUCGAUUUCUUCUUGACCAAAAAUUGAAUAUUGAAGAAGCUGGAGAACUCGGGACGCCGCUCCGCUGUGCCGUGCUCAAUGGUCACAGCGACAUUUGUCGCCUUCUCGUUGAUCUUGGAGCCGAUCUUAAUGGAAAUGGCCGUCUUGGAAGUGCCUUACACGCAGCUGCGAUGAAAGGUCGACUGCAAACAGUCAGGCUUCUCAUCCAACUUGGCGCUGAUGUAGACAUCAAUGGCGGCUAUUACGGUACGCCAUUACAAGCUGCGACGUGCUUGGGACACGCGGAAACGGUGCGACUAUUAUUGUCAGCACACGCUAGUCCUCAUAAGCCUGGACUUUCCAAGGACGCCUUUCAUGCGGCAGCAGAGAAUGGACAGUAUCAUAUCAUUCAAAUCCUGCUCAGCGCAGGAUUCCAGCCUCCUGUUCCAAUAAGUUGGGGCAAGACGAGAGCUAGACGAAGAUCUCCACCUCAGGCUCGUAAUCUUCUACGAGAAUCCUCGCCAAGCGUCAAAAAGGAAAAGCGACUCUUGAAGUGGUCUCAUAGAGUCCGCGCUUGGCGUAAAGGACAUAAUGUCCGCGGUCUUCCAGAUGACUCUGAUGACAUCAGCAGUGAUGAUGACGAGAAGUUAACGGACCUUACGCAAGAAGAGCCUGAAAUCCACCCAAAGCCUUAUAGACCGUUGCGCCGAAAGCCCAGUGACGCUAACUUCAAUGCGCCUGAUGGAAAUUAUCCUUUUGAGGCUGCCGCAGAACUUGGACAUCUCGAAACAGUGUCCAUGAUGUUAGAAAAUCGUAUGUUUUUUGAUUUGACUAUUUCCGCGGUAGAGCAAGCAUUGUCAGCUGCUUGCAGAUCUGGUCAUAAACAGAUCGUCAAGAAAAUUCUUGAGUGGAGGGAAGAUAUCCCCAUGGAUUUGGGCAAACCUUUGUCCGAGGCUGUCUCUUGUGGCCACGUCAAUGUCAUCAUGACAUUGUUAAAAGAUGGUACUCCAAUUAACAACAAGAAGAAGUACUUGAAAAUGGCUCUUGAGUCUGCCAUAUAUCCUCCGAGGGCAUGGGAUACGCAACCGCGUCCAGAAGCAAUAUUCCAUGAAAUCCUAAAUUCAGCAAAUGAGGAAUUUCCCAAAUUAGAAAUAACGGACCUAAUUCUAGCCUGUUUAGAUGAGGCUCUAGGGGCCGACAGGGCUGACAUUGUGAAAGUCAUCUUAGGUCGAAGUACCGACCUUUCGUACGAGCGCCUGCUGAACAUGUUUUGUCAAACUCUCGAAUCUGCGAAAGCAAGAACUGCUGCUGUGAUUUACGAUGCCUUACAAGAACGAAAUUUCUCACCAAGCAGAUCGCAAUUCCAUCAAUUCAUUUUGCUGUCCGCUGGGAAUGGGCUUGCUCAGUUAACAAGUCAGUUGCUCCGUCAUCGUGAUAUUUGCUUCGACUGUGAUGGUCAGCUUCUUCAGGAGGCAUUGAACAUUGCCGCUCACCAUGGUCACCAUGAAGUGUGUACGUACCUCCUUUCGAAAGGGGUGGAUCCUUGCCUAUCAGCACACAUUAUUACGUCGCACGAAGUUCCUUCUCGUAAAUAUGGCUUAUCCCACACAAUUUUCGAAAGUUUUCGAUCAGAAAACUUGCCUUCUGAGGGAACAAUUUCCGCCGAGAAGCGCGUCACGGCACUGGCAUCUAGCUUGUCCGGAUACCAACGGUUCCGCCCGGGUAAUAGAGAACAUAGAAACGCCAAUGCUGCAUGGCGAAAAGCAGAUGAAAAAACACAAGCUGAUACAAUACGACUAACUUUGGAUCACAUUCCUUCUAUGAAAGGGAUGGACUUGGCCAAGGACAUUUGCUGUGCCGCAACGUGUUGCCCUCCCGACAUACUGCAGCUCUUGAUCGAGAAAGGUGCCGAUCCAUUGGCGCACAUCGAGAAUGUCAGCGUCCUACAAUUUGCAGCACGUAGGGAGCGCCUAUCGUUUAUGGUAUCACGAAUACUCAUCGAAGCGGGUGCAGACAAAAAUAUGACAGAAAGUGAAAUGCAACUUCUCCUAGACGAAGCUUUGAAGCACUUUCGGGCGCCUAGUCACUCGCGUGAGGACGAGAGAAACGAUAGAUCGGCUAGGUUGCCGAGAUCAUUUUCAAAUACUUUAUACAAGGAUUAUGGCAAGCUUUUGACUGAGACAGAGUCACUAGAGGACGUAUUUAUUACUGGACCUGGAGCCCUCGUUUACUAUUUACUUGGACGUAUACCUGGAUUUCGACUGGAUUUAGAUCCCGCUGGGAUACUACUUCAGUGUGCCGCUGCAGCCGGUCACGACAACUUAGUAGAAAUUCUAGUUGAACAUGGUGCGGAUGUCAAUUGGACUGGAUCAUACUAUGGAACCGCACUACAGGCUGCUUCAAGAUUUGGCCACGCCCAAAUAGCCAGGGUACUUUUGCAAUCAGGGUCUGACCCAAAUUUAAAUGGCGGAAGACAUGGCACUGCUCUGAGAGCGGCCGUGCUUGCACGCAGCUUGGAAAUAGUGACUCUGCUAUUGCAAAGCGGCGCCUACGAAUAUGAUCAAGGCACUGAUCUAGCGAUUGCUCUGCAGCACGCAUUGCAUAAUAAGGAUACGGACAUUGCUCUGACACUGGUUGCUGCUGGUGCAAAUGUGGUCUCAGAGGACCAAUCUGCGCAGCCGCUUUUCAUCCAGGCUUGUUCGACUGGCUACCUGCCUCUAAUUGAAGCCCUACUAAAUAUCGGUACUAACGUGAAUGUCUAUGGUAUCAAAUCAUCCACGUCGAUUAAACAAGAGACUGGAAGCCCGGUACAUUCAGCCAUACACAUACAGCGCACAGAUAUUGUAAAGAUACUGCUAGCCAAAGGCUUUGAACUGGAAAGUGACUUUGGAGAUUUCGAUCAUCCGCUAUGUUUCGCUAUACGGAAAGGGGACCUCCAAACGUUGGAUAUUUUACUAGAUUCAAUGUCUGAAUGUUCCUCCAAGGUGUUGCGAGAAGCCAUCGAAAUGGCAAUCAUGAUGUCGGACCUUGCUGCGAUUACAAAGCUCAUUCAAUACUAUGAAGCUAAUUUUAGCUCUGAAAAUAACUUUGACUUUGUUUCCGGCUUGCUGAAAAAAGCUUGCGGGGCCCAGAAAAUCCAGGUCACUAAGAUGCUAUUAGAUUGGCUCUCACAGUGCGGCAUGGUGCAUGAAGAAAUAAUCCGUGAUGUGUUGAAAGAAGCCUGUGCGAGGCAAAAUGCMCCAGCCACUGAGAUGUUGUUAGGAUGGUUGUCUGAGCGUGGAGCCGUCGCUGCUAUUUGCACUACACUCCUUCGCGAUAUACCCUCGACAAGCGCAGAAAUAUACGAGAUACUGCUCUAA